AUGCCUAUAAGACCCGAGUUUGAGCAAGAAUUGGCCCACGUUUUAUUAAUCGAAUUAUUAUCUUUUCAACUUGCUUCUCCUGUUAGAUGGAUAGAAACUCAAGAUGUCUUUUUGCAAAACCUUGGGAGCGAAAGGAUUAUCGAGAUCGGUCCUUCUUCGAUUUUAACCAAUAUGACCAAAAGAACUAUUGCAAAUAAAUAUGAGUCCUUUGAUGCCGCUUCCGUUCUAAAGAGAGAAGUAUUGUGCCAUUCUGUCGAUUAUGACGCUAUUUAUUAUAAUGAUGAGCCAUUGUUAAAAAGUGAAGAAAUGUUAAGGGAGCACGGUGAUCACGCAACUGCUUUAGUGAAACCUACUGCUCCUGCCAGUCCUGCUCCUUCCGCUGGUACGAAUAAAUCUGUUGCUCAACCAAUAUUUGAUGUUCCAGUUGAACCCAAAUUCAUUGUACAUACAUUAGUUGCUCAGAAGUUGAAGAAACCAUUGAAUCAAAUUUCUAUGCUAUGUUGUAUUAAAGAUCUAGUUGGAGGCAAAUCCACCAUUCAGAAUGAAAUUUUAGGUGAUUUAUCUUGUGAGUUUGGAAAUAUCCCUGAAAGAUUAGAAGAUAUUCCUUUAAACGAGGUGGCAGAAUACAUCAAAGAAAACAAUGCACCCAGCAAUAAAUUAGGAGUCAAAACUUCAUCUUUAAUUUCUAGAUUGGUUUCCUCUAAAAUGUCUGGUGGAUUUAGUAUAACUGUAAUUAGAAAAUAUUUAUCUACAAGAUGGGGGUUCUCUACGGGAAGACAAGAUUCUGUUUUAUUGACAGCCUUGACUAAUGAACCUAAAAUUCGAUUGAGUGUAGAGAAGGAUGCCAAACUGUUUUGGGAUGAUAUGGUUAAACAUUAUGCUUCAGCUUCAGGGAUUAAAUUAGAUAACAUAAUCAUUGCCGCUGAGCCUUCUGGUGGAAGCAGUUCAUGCACUAUAGAUGUAGCUACACUAGAAAAUUUAUUUAUGGACCAAAAGCAAUUAACACAAAGACAAUUAGCCCUUUUGGCAAAUUAUUUAAAACUUGAUUUGAAAAUUGCUGAUAAGGAACUGUUGAAAAAUAAGGAAUCCUUCGAACAGGUGCAGGCACAUUUGGAUUGUUUAACUGAAGAGUUUGGCGAGUAUUUCCUCAAGGGUGUAUCACCGUACUUUUCAAGAAAAAAGGCCAGAAAAUUUGAUUCCUCUUGGAAUUGGGCCAAACAGGACCUAUUAGCCUUAUAUUUCAAGGUUAUUCACCAUGGACUGGGAGCUUUUAACGAGGAAUUGGUAAAUGAUACCAUAAACUUUAUAAAUAAGUCUAAUGCCUUUACAUUAAAAAUUAUGGAGUACCUUUAUUACAACAUUGAUGACAAAAGGGGUAAAAACUACGGCUAUGCAAAAAGUUUUAUUUCCAAAUUACUUGAAAAGUGCAGAAUUCAUUGUAACUUGAGCCCUGUUUUUAAAAGUGUCACAUUGUUUACUGAUCCAAAUACCUUUGUUGAUGCCAAUGGGAAUAUUAUUUACAAAGAAAUUCGAAGAAAUGUAAUUGAACUAUUUCCCCAAGAUUUGGAAACCACAAUUGCUACUUUUAAAGCUGAUUCUGAAGUUAUUGAAUCACCGGGGAAAAUGAAUAGAAUCCAUAGAAUCAUUGAAAUGGAGGCUAGUAGACAAAUGUUUCUUGAAGAAAAUAAAGACCCAGAACCCAUUUUUGACUUUGAUAAUGAUUUUUUGUGUGUAGAUUUUAUCAAUAGCGUAUGCGAGUCACCAAUUGAAACACUCGUUGAUUCAGCAUUGUCCUCAUCUAUUCCAUUAAAACAAAAUUCCUUUUUUAGCUUAAAAAGAAAGGACAAGUCUGGUGAAUGGUUAAAUGAUAACGACUUGACCAUUUUGUAUUUCGAUGCUCUACAAAAAGCCCUUGCAGAAGGUGUAACUUUUGAUAAUAAAUAUGUUUUAAUCACUGGGGCCAGCGUUGAUUCUAUCGGAACAUAUAUUUUGCAAGGUUUGUUACAAGGAGGCGCUAAAGUGAUUGCCACCACCUAUUCCUUUGACAGGAAAAAAACUAAGUACUUCCAAUCUUUAUAUACAAAAUGGGGAUCAAAAGGAUCAGCCCUGGUUUUAGUUCCGUUCAAUCAGGGUUCCAAGCAGGAUUGUGAAAAUUUAAUUAAAUAUAUCUAUGAUGAUGUGAAGAAGGGUGGAUUGGGCUGGGAUUUAGAUGUCAUUAUUCCAUUUGCAGCUAUUUCAGAAACUAAUGUUGAACUAGAGAAUAUUAAUUCAAAAUCUGAAUUUGCUCACAGAAUAAUGAUGACAAAUAUUUUAAGAAUGCUGGGCUGCAUUAAAAGAGAAAAAAGAUCAAGAAAUGUUGAUACUAGACCUGCUCAAGUUAUUUUGCCCCUAUCAUCUAAUUGUGAUACGCUUGGUGGCAAUGGUUUAUGUUCUGAAUCAAAACUGGCAUUAGAGGCUCUUUUCUCCAAAUGGCAUACUGAAAAUUGGUCAUCUGAACUGAGCAUCUGUGGCGCUAUUAUUGGUUGGACACGGGAUGCUGAUUCUACAUCUCCAAAUAAUAUUAUUGCAGAGGGUCUUGAAAAUAGAGGUAUAGCUACUUAUUCCCAGGUAGAAAUGGCAUUUAACUUACUGGGAUUAUUAGCGCCAGAUAUUGCGUUGGCGUGUCAAAAUUAUCCUAUUGUGGCUGAUUUAACCUCCGGUUUGCAAAACAUCAAUAAUUUAAAGGAGGUAACUACUCAACUUCAUUCUGAUUUGUAUGAAAUUUCGAGUAUUAGAAAGGCCAUUUCAGAGGAAACUUUUAUUGAAAAAAGGGUCACCACGGGUAAGGAGAUUGACACUUGCCAUCCCAACUUUGAAGUUUCCCCUAAAUCUAACAUAAAUUUGGGUUUCCCAGCUUUGAAAUCUUACAAUGAAAUCAAAAAGUUGUCACCACACUUAGAGGGCUUAUUAAAUUUGAAUAAAGUAGUUGUAAUUACUGGAUUCGCUGAAGUUGGUCCAUGGGGGUCAUCUAGGACUAGGUGGGAAAUGGAAGCCUAUGGAAAGUUUUCCUUGGAAGGCUGUAUUGAGAUGGCUUGGAUGAUGGGAUUAAUCAAAUAUUUUAGUGGUAAUAUAGAGGGAGUUCCCUAUACAGGCUGGGUAGAUUCUAAAAGCAACGAACCAGUAAAAGACAAUGAUGUUAAAAGUAAAUAUGAAGCCCAUAUUUUAGACCAUACAGGGAUAAGGCUAAUUGAACCAGAAUUAUGCAAUGGAUAUGAUCCAAAUAAGAAACAUUUAAUCCAAGAAGUCGUUGUCCAACAUAACCUAGAACCAUUUGAAACUUCAAAAGAGGCUGCUUUGCAAUUUAAGCAAGAACAUGGCGAUAAGGUGGAUAUAUUUGAAAUUCAAGAAACUGGUGAAUAUAGUGUUAGGCUUUUGAAGGGCUCCGUUUUGUAUAUUCCCAAGGCCUUGAAAUUUGAUCGUUUAGUCAGUGGUCAAGUUCCAACUGGCUGGGAUCCAAAAACGUAUGGUAUUUCUGAGGAUAUAAUUUCACAAGUUGAUAAAGUCACUUUGUUUGUUUUGGUGUCUGUUGCAGAAACUUUUAUUUCAUCUGGUAUUACUGAUCCAUAUGAAGUUUAUAAAUAUGUGCAUGUGUCUGAGGUUGGAAAUUGCUCUGGAUCUUGUCUGGGUGGCGACUGGGCCUUGCAUCGUAUGUAUAAGGAUCGUUUUAAAGACGAAUCCUUUCAAAAUGACAUUUUGCAGGAAUCUUUUAUCAAUACAAUGUCUGCAUGGGUCAAUAUGCUUUUAAUAUCUUCAUCGGGUCCUAUUAAAACUCCUGUUGGCGCAUGUGCUACCGCUGUAGAAUCUUUGGAUAUUGGACAUGAAACUAUUUUAUCAGGUAAGGCUAAAAUUUGUAUUGUUGGUGGCUACGAGGGCUUUAUAGAGGAAAGUUCCUUUGAGUUCGGUAAAAUGAAGGCUACUUCGAAUUCUAUUGAUGAAUUUGAAUGUGGGCGAAGUCCAGCUGAAAUGUCUAGGCCAGCCACUUCCACACGUAAUGGGUUCGUUGAGUCAGAUGGUUCUGGUAUCCAAUUGCUUAUGACUGCUGAACUAGCACUGAGUAUGGGCGUUCCAAUUUACGGUAUUUUGGCUUUUACUGCCACUGCUUCAGACAAAAUUGGUAAGUCUGUACCUGCGCCUGGGAAAGGUAUUUUAACUACUUCUAAGGAGCAUAACUCAAUUUUUAUGCCCAAAAUCACCAAUAUAAAAUACAGGAAAAGUCAACUGAAGUCGAUAAAAGAGCAAGCAAAAUUGUGGGCCAUUGCUGAAAUCGAGGCUUUGAGUGACGAGGUACUUUUCGUUCCAGAAGUUCAAAGGACCCAAUAUGUUGUAGAAAGAAUUGCUGAAAUUGAAAACCAGGUUGAUUACCAAAUUAAAUGUGCUCAAGAUCAAUGGGGUAAUGAAUUCUACAAAAAUAAUCCAUGCAUUGCCCCAAUAAGAGGUGCUUUAGCUGUUUAUGACUUAAGCGUUGAUGAUAUUGAUGUUGCAUCUUUUCACGGUACAUCUACAAAAGCUAAUGAUACUAACGAAUCAGCUACUGUUAAUUCAAUGAUGGAACACCUAGGAAGAAGUGAGGGCAACCCUGUUAUUGGCGUUUUUCAAAAAUAUUUGACUGGUCAUCCAAAGGGUGCCGCUGGUGCUUGGAUGACAAAUGGUGCUCUUCAAAUUUUAAAUAGCGGAAUUAUUCCAGGAAAUCGUAAUGCCGAUAAUAUUGAUUCAGCUAUGGAACAAUACAAGUAUGUAGCUUAUCCCUCCCAUAGCAUUAAAACUGAUGGCGUGAAGGCGGUUUCUAUUACAUGCUUUGGAUUUGGCCAAAAGGGUGCACAAGCUAUUGUUAUAAACCCAGAUUAUUUAUAUGCUUCAGUUACUGAACAUUUAUAUGAGGACUACAAAACCAAAUUAAAAAAAAGAGAAAGAGUAGCUCAGCAGUACUUCAGCAAGGGAAUGAUCAAUAACAGCUUGUUUGUUGCCAAAGAGAAAGCUCCAUACCCAGAUACUUUACAAGAAAAAGUGUAUUUGAAUCCGUUAGCUCGUGUGACAUUAAAUGAAGAUAAUGAGUUAAUUUUUGAAGAACAAACUGUUGGAAACGAUCAAGAUUAUGAUAGUAAAAAUGCAAGUCAAACUACUAAAAUGGUAUCUGACUUGAUUAAUGCAACUAAGGGUCAGUAUCAUAAACCAUUUGAAGUUUAUAUUGAAUUGGUUAAUAAGGAUUUAGAUAUUUUUAAUGAUCUAAAUUUACUUUUGACUGAAUUUACUACAGAAGAGAUUAACUAUUGCAAGAAACAACCAGAUCAAAGAGCAUCUUUUGCGGGUACAAAAGCUGCUAAAAUGGCAAUAAUGAAGAAGUUAAAUAUUCAAUGCAAUAAAGAGUAUUUAAAACAAAUUGAAAUAGAUAGAGGCUUGGAUCUUACACCUAAAGUAAAACUCUAUAGCUAUAUCAAGGACAUGGUGACUAAAAUGGGAAUCAGUAGCAUCAAUGUGUCAAUUAUAAAUAAGGAGCUACAGGCUAUAGCUUUUAUUAGUUAUUGA